AUACACUUUACUAAAAUCACAAUUUGGGGGCAACUUUCAAUUUUUGAAAAUCUGGCGGAGAAGAACGGAGCGGAAAGAUGAACAAUCAUUAUCAUCGCGACCGCGGCGAGCAUCACGAGGCAGUAGAUAGUCUAAUUAAUCUCUUCACUAUGGCAAAUCACGAUCUCAAUCUCGUCGAGAAUCGACUCCAAAAGGAGUUUCAACAAACGUAUCCGCUAAACGCCAAUCCGAUGGAGCUGGUGUCGCGGAUAAAAAAGAUUCAGGACGAGUUGGUGUUUCUCAAGCAAGAGUGUGGCCACCUACUUGCAGCCAAACAGGAUUUGAUUGACAAGGCUAGGACAACUCUAGUUGGGAAUAGGUUAUCAAUACAGCGGUUGCAAGCAUCUACAGGUGUUCCUGUCACGAGUGAUUCUGACGAUCCUGCUUACAACAACUUCAACCAGAUCAUUGACGAAUGGACAGUACAAGUUGGAUCAAAAUUGGGUGACGAGGAACCUGAUUCGGGAUCAGAGGAUAUCAACCAAAAGCUCUUUUCAGCAAUUGUUCAAGGCAGCUAGAUAUGUCAAAAGGUAGGAAAAACUGGGCAGAGACGUUUUAGCAAUUGAAAUUUCAAUGUAGAACUGCCCAUGGUUAUGUAUUAUAUGUCAACUCUCAGUUUGACACAAUUUGAUCAAAACUUGUAGUUAGUAAAUCAAUUCUAUUCAUGUUUGUGUAAAUAAAUGUACAUGGUAAACCUGAUAGAUGCGCUACAGCUGUGAGCAAAGUGCAGACAAGGAACAAUUCACAUAUCAAUUGCCGGAUGUUUUAAUUGAAAUGAAGGUAUGAACAUAAUGUUGAACUA